AUGAACUCAAAUUCGGCGGUCGCAGUAGGUCGGUCGAGCUCGAAUGGCUACAAUGCCCAUCGACCGGGUUCCAAUGGGAUCACCAAGAUCCUUCUCCUCGUUCUCGCACAGAUUACACAUGUGGCAGCCGCGCCAUUGAAGAAAUACAUUCACCUGCUGAAGCUGGAGGAGCCAGAGCCGGCGGAGGGAGGAGGCUUGGUGUUGUACAUGAGCGUUGCAUUGGCUCUGGUUCUAUUAGGAGGGGCAUUUGCUGGCUUGACCAUCGCGUUGAUGGGACAGGACAGUAUCUAUUUACAAGUUAUUGCACAAUCAGGAGAAGGAAAGGAACAAAAACAUGCUCAGAAGGUCUUCAACUUGUUGAAGAAAGGAAAACAUUGGGUCUUGGUAACCUUGCUUCUCAGCAACGUCAUUGUCAAUGAAACUCUCCCAAUUGUACUCGAUCGUUCCCUAGGUGGAGGCUGGCCCGCCGUUCUGGGCAGUACUGUUUUGAUCGUUAUCUUUGGAGAAGUCAUUCCUCAAUCUAUCUGCGUCCGAUAUGGCCUUUCAAUCGGCUCUUACAUGGCACCUUGCGUCCUCUGCCUCAUGUGGCUCAUGGCUCCAGUGGCAUGGCCUACAGCGAAACUCCUCGACAAGCUUCUCGGUGAAGAUCAUGGAACCGUAUACAAGAAGUCGGGGCUGAAGACAUUGGUUACACUGCAUAAGACUUUGGGAUCCAGUCCUACGGAACGUCUCAACCAAGAUGAAGUUACGAUCAUCAGCGCCGUCCUCGAUUUGAAGGAGAAGGCAGUGGGUGAUAUCAUGACGCCAAUGGAUGAUGUUUUCACGAUGUCUGCAGACACUGUGCUCGACGAACACACGAUGAACAUCAUCCUCAGCGCUGGAUACUCUCGCAUACCAAUCUACGAACCUGGAAACGAGCACAACUUUGUUGGCAUGUUAUUAGUUAAGAUUCUGAUCACCUAUGAUCCUGAGGAUUGCAAAAAGGUCAGCGAAUUUGCAUUAGCAACUCUGCCUGAGACCCGACCUGAGACAAGCUGCCUCGAUAUUGUCAACUUUUUCCAAGAAGGCAAGUCUCAUAUGGUACUCGUUUCUGAGUUCCCAGGCGAAGACUAUGGUGCUAUUGGUGUAGUGACGCUGGAAGACGUGAUUGAGGAGCUUAUUGGCGAGGAAAUUAUUGACGAAUCUGAUGUCUACAUUGAUGUCCAUAAAGCCAUUCGACGUAUGGCACCGGCUCCGAAGGCACGCGUGCAAAGAGGCCAGUUCGUGACUAAUCCAGAUGCCGCAUCUCUUCACGCGCCAGAAGACCACUUGAUCGAUCUUACCGAGGGCGAAGAACCCCUUAUCAUAAGAAGUCGAAGCCGAACUUCAGAGACGAGAACCGACAGCAUGGGUCUUCUUGGCUCAAGUCCGAAGGCAACUUUUCUCCGAAGAAGCUCUAGCGGUGGAGAAAAUGCUACUGUUUCCGUUCGAGGUAAUGUCCAUGACAUGCGAGAACAUCUGAAGCAUCUCGGACCGUCUAACCUGGCGAGCCGACCAAAGACGACUCGCUACAACACGGUGAAGAUCAAGAGUUCGACUAAUAAACCUAUCCGCUCCGACUCGAUCGUGGAAGAGCCCUAUCAAGACAAUCCAGCGCCUCAAGGUGGAGAAGGAGCCGGAUUACUCAAGUCUGCAGGCCAGGAUGCCAAGGACGGCGUCCAAGCUGUUCAGCAGGGCUAUGGAUCGUUCGGACCAAAUGGAAUGAGUAAUCUAUCGCAGAUGAUUACCACAGAUGGAGCCUCGAAAAGUCCGACUGUUAAGACUAGCCCCCGACCAUGGGCUUUCGAUAGACAACCAAGUCAGGGCAGUUCAAGGAGUAGCGAUACUGUCGGCUCCCUAGUUUCGCUUGGACGUACUCCAUCAACGAGAAAAAAGGGUCCAGCUCGAAGUGGAAGUAUCACAGAAACACAUAUUGACUCGGGCGGAGUUCGAAAAGUUGUCCUAGAAGCAAAUGGCACAUCAGGAGAUGAAAGAGAUGGCAGCGGUGAGAGCUCACCGACGUCAGGGCCAUCAAACCCUGGUCCAGAUAGCUCCCCAGACGACCAUGACGAGCAACACGAAGCUGGAGGAGAAACAUCGAAGAAGAAGCGGAGACGUGUCCGCCGCAAGAAGAACAACGGCAACAGUACGACCGAGGAAGGAUCAACAGGCCAGUAA